AUGGCGAUCAAGCAAGAGAUCAAGCAAGAGACUACCAGUCGCGCAAGUAUACUCACCGGUGCCCUUGGCCAGAUUGUGGAAUGCAGUGCCAUAUUAGCAGCCCUCUCCAGUGCGGCCAUCAACACUGUAGCCAAGCGUAUUCAAGGGACCAUCUCGCAAGCAGAGGCCAUCUGCACUACGCCACUCUCCAUCGGCACUUUGAGCUCCAUUUCAAAAGGUGUCGAAAUAGCUCUCAGAUUCCAACUCAAAUCCGAGACUCAGGUUUAUUGA